GUAUUGAAGUUUCGAGUAUAAUCUUCGGACUCAGUUCAAUUGGGUUUGUUUUCCUUAGUUAAUUGUUUCACAUGAAAUUUUUCUCCGAUUUCAUUGGUUCGCUAAGGUUCUUCCCUCUCAAAGCCCAAAUAUACACAAUUUGAUUUCACGUCGGGCGAAACCGCGCUUUUCAUUCCUUUCAUUGUCAGGCUUACAAUCAAACCGUGCUCUUGUUGUGCCUUUGCUUGGACCACUUUAUUUCAUUUCCACUCGAACGUCUUAAGCUAGAUCUGUAAUAUCAAUUUUGCAUACAUAAAAUGGCUACUACUCUAGGGGUUACCGAAACCUACGGUCUAUCGGACGACAAAGUGCGAGACUUCAAAGAGGCCUUCGACUACUUCUCGGAGAACGAGGGUCUCUACGAGGAGCUGUUCACCAAGAACCUGGUGCAGCACUUGAGUGACAUGGGCUAUGAUGCCUCGACAGCUGAGCUGGCCCAGUUCAGACUGGCGUGUGAUGUCACUGCCACUGGCAAGUACACGUUCGAUGGGUUCCUCAAGGUCAUCUCUAAGAUCCUGAAGACGGGAGACAUGGAGGAUGUUCUCAAGCAGGCGUUCCGAAUCUUCGACAAGGAAGGCACUGGAAGUAUCUCAACUGACCUUGUGAGGAACCUUCUGAAGGAGCCAGAGUUGCAGAUGACUCAUGAGGAGAUCGAGCAGCUGAUCACGGAGACAGACGCCGACGGGUCAGGCGAGGUCGACUUCGAGGAGUUCAAGGAGAUGAUGAUGGGGGACUAGACUCACCCAACCAUAUAGGCCACAUCAGACUCGUAUACUUCAAACAAUCAUCACUAGUUAUAUUUACUCAGAUAUAAGUGACUGUCUAAGGAUGAAUAUUUAAUUUGAGUGUUAUAUAAAAUUAUAGUUUAUUGAUUACUAGUUAUGAAGGUACUAACCGCAUAUGAUACUAUAAUUCAAAUUAUGAGCCGU